GACAGCCAAUCCCCAACAGCCGAGAGGGGGUUUUGUUUCGAAAACUCUUCUCUCCCGCUCAACUUCCUCUCUCUCUCUCUCUCUCUCUCUCUCUCUCUCUCUCUCUCUCUCUCUCUCUCUCUCUCAACCCUAAAACAUUCGUUCUGCAGUUUCCGUCGAAGAUUUGGCGGGAAAUACAAGGAUUCCAACGGUCGUUCCGCCAGUUCGAAGAUACCAACGGCUUCUUUGUUCUUUUUUUCUUUCACACCCACGAGCAACAAAAGCCUGGACUUGAAUUUGAUCUUGUAUCUGUGGUAUACUAUGAAUGUCAUCCGGUAAUUUGUGCAGGCAUCUCAAAUAUUCCUUUUCUUGGAUGGUUAGUAUUCAACACAAGGCUUACAAAAGAAUUGAAGGAUUUCAACUGGAUCAGAUGCCAAGAGACACUAGUGGACAUGGAGAAAGGCCUUGAUGUUAGAGGCAUACUAAGAGAGGCCUAUGAACCAAUUGACAAAAUAGCUAUGAUGUCAGAGGCAUCACUUUGCGAAUGGCAGUGGGAGUGGGAGUUUCAAAAAGAAGUUGAUGGUAUUGUGUUUCAGAGCCUCAUCAAGACCCUACGCGAUGAAUGGCAGUGGGAGCAGGAGUUUCAAAAGGAAGUUGAUGGUAUUGUGUUUCAGAGCCUCAUCAAGACCCUACGUGAUGAAUGGCAGUGGGAGCAGGAGUUUCAAAAAGAAGUCGAUGGUAUUGCGUUUCAAAGCCUCGUCAAUACCAAACGUGAGAAUUUUCAAGAGAAGGCAAUUGAAUUCUCGAGUUUACGCGAAGAUCUCAAUGCCAUUUCUAGGUCUUUAUUCAGUGCAGAACUACCAAAGCUGUUAUCUCAUGGAUCCCUCGAAGGUGUUGAGGAAUCGCCUAAUGAAAGGAAAGAUGGAAUUCAUGGGAAGGUACUGGGAAGUCAUCUUUCACCAUCCUCUUGCGUUCAAGACAAAAAUAGGACUGCUCUAGAGAACUCAAAGGAAUCUGAAAAUACGAUGUCUGAAGUAAUGGAAUGUCCCCAACUGAAGCACAUGACGAACGAAGAGAUUACAAACUAUUUCAAGACCCAAAUGACCGAUAUGAAGAUAGAGCAUGAGAUGAAAGUGCAAGAGAUGACUGAAGUGUAUUACAGCUUCAAACGUGAAUUCAUCAAAGAACAAAGAUCUUCCAACUUAAGGAAAGACAAUGACAUUGAAGCCUUGAGGAAAAAAAUCCCAGAGGUGAUUCUAAAGUUGGAUAAUAUACUGGUAGAAAAUGAGAAAUCGUCUGCAUCAUGUGAUGAUUAUGAGAAUAUCUGCUGUUUAAAGGAUAGGGUCAAUAGUUUGCUUUCUGAAAACCGUUGUUUAAAGGGCAUGCUUAUAGCUGAAAAAAGAGAGGUCAAAUCUCUUUCUUUGAAUCUUUCUGAUGCAGCUGCAAAACUGUCACAUCAUUCAAUGGCAGAGGCUAACUUCUUGAAGCAGAUAAAGAAGCUUGAAUGUGAUAUGGAAGAUGUGAAUAUAGAAAGCUUCCUUACAGAAGACAUAUUUAAGUGUGUCCUCAGAGAGUUUACUGGCCAAAUCAAAUGUGAUGUGGAAGACACUAUCCUUUCUGUAAACCAAAAUCUGCAAGACAUGCUUAUAUAUAUAACAAAGGUGGUCAUAACUCUCUUUUUACAGCUUUUUGAUGCAGCCACUAAACUGUCACAUCAUUCGAUGGCAGAGGCCAACUUCUUGAAGCAGAUAAAGAUGCUUGAAUGUGAUACGGAAGAUGCAAAUAUAGAAAGUUUCAUUAGAGAAGACAUAUAUAAGUGUGUACUCAGAGACUUAACCAGCCAAAUCAAAUGCGCUGUGGAAGAUUCGGACAUUCAGGAUAUCCUCGUACAUCAGACGUGUCCAAUUACUUUCAUAGAAUAUGUGAGGGAUGCUGAGGCCACUGUCAAUCUCUUGAAGACGAACUAUAACAAAGAAAAGGAAAGGGGAGAUCUCCUUGAAGAAAAACUGUUGGAAAAUGAAAAUACUUUUGAGACAGAAAAGGCAUUGCUGUCUGCACUAUUGGAGGAGAAAGAGAAGUCAAUGUCAGAAACGGGGUCCAGAUUGACAGAACAGAUUAAGCAUCUUGAGCUAGUUCUACAUGAACUAAACAGGGAAACGAAUUUGAUAAAUAGUAGAUUGGAUGAGGCUUUUGAGAGAAUUGAUCUGUAUGAAGUAGAUGUAACCAAACUAGAUCAGAAACUAAAAGUAGCUGGAAAUGACUUGAGGGAAGCAAAGAGAGAAGGAAGUGUACUUCAUGGCAUUAUUCAAGAGAAGAAAAAUAUAAUACAGGCAGCCGUAGCAAAUGAAGUGGAGCAAAGGAAGAAAAUGGAAUCUAGUUUUGCUUCAAUCCAAGGACUGGAAAAAUCAAUGGUUGAUUUUGAAUGCAGAGUAAUGGAGAAAAUCAUGCAGAAUUGUUCCAGGUUGAACAUGUUGGAUCUAAAAUGCAGGCCGUUUGCUCAGCAAGCCAAUUUACUUAAAAGAAAAGGGUUAGAGUACAAACAGAAGCUUGAACGACGAUGUUCUAACCUUGAAAUGGCUGAAAAGGAGGUUGAUUUGUUAGCAGAUAAGGUGGAUGUGCUUCUAAGUCUUCUUUCAAAGAUAUACACAGCACUUGACCGUUACUCGCUUAUAUUGCAAAAUUAUCCUGGAAUCAUGGAGGUUCUGAACUUGGUCAGGAGGGAAUUAAAAAAGGAAACUAAUUAAACCAAUUGUUCGGAAGAAGUCUUUCUUUGUGAGGUCCCCAAAAGGGCUGUGUUCGGUGGCUUCGUGUAUAGGGUGAGCCAUUUGGUGGGUUAGUUUGAAUUUCAACCCUUUGAGCUUGUGUGGCUUGUGUACAGUUUCAUAGUGCCUGGGUAUCAACCCGCACACUCAUCAAGAGUAUCAAAGCUUUUCUCACUGUACAUAAAUGAGAUGACUUGAACAACCGUAUGGACCGUAUGGUCAGGUAGGGAACUCAGUCCACUUGUGUGUGUC